AUGGAGACUCCAAACAAUAUGACUGAAUUCAUUCUUUUGGGCAUUACAAAGAAUCUAGAGCUGCGGAAAAUACUCUCUGCUAUCUUUCUAAUCAUGUAUGUGUCCACCAUUUUGGGAAACCUACUCAUUGUGAUAACCAUGAUCACGAGUCAGAGUCUGAGAUCACCUAUGUAUUUUUUCCUUACUUCCUUGUCUCUCAUGGAUGCUACCUACUCUUCUGUCAUUGCCCCCAAGAUGACCGUGGACUCCCUUUCUGAGAGCACUACUAUCUCCUUUGAAGGGUGCAUGGCCCAGCUCUUUGCAGAGCAUUUCUUUGGUGGUGUGGGGAUCAUCCUUCUCAUUGUCAUGGCCUAUGACCGCUAUGUGGCCAUCUGUAAGCCCAUGCACUACAGAACCAUCAUGAGACCUCAGGUGUGCUGCCUGUUGCUGGGAGCGGCCUGGGUGGGGGGAUUUAUCCAUGCAGUAAUACAGCUUCUCUUCAUGUAUCAAAUACCCUUCUGUGGUCCCAAUGUCAUUGAUCACUUUAUGUGUGAUUUGUUUCCAUUGCUGAAACUGGCCUGCAUGGACACCCACAUCCUGGGCCUCUUAGUCAUCCUCAACAGUGGGGUGAUGUGUGUGACCAUCUUCCUUAUCCUCAUGACUUCCUAUGUGGUCAUCCUUCACUCCCUGAAGUCUCACAGCUCUGUAGGGCGACAUAAAGCUCUCUCCACCUGUGGCUCCCACCUUACAGUGGUCAUCUUGUUCUUUGUGCCAUGCAUUUUCUUGUACAUGAGGCCUGUGGCCACUUACCCCAUAGACAAG